CUUUCUUCAAUCUUCUACACUUAUGCGUUCCUCAACUUUUUUGCCCUUUUGGCCCCUUGUGGUUUGGCUCUUGUCAACUCUUAUCCCACUGUCACCAUCCAGAAUGGCACCUUGGUUGGCAAUUCAAUCAACAAGGUUGAUAGUUUCAUAGGCAUCCCUUAUGCCCAGCCUCCUGUGGGAGACUUGCGUCUCCGCCCACCGCAAACAUUCAACAAGCAUUUUGGAGUCUUGAAAGUGCAAGACCUGGCGACAGGAUGUGUGAGCAUGGACAUGAGCCCAGUCAACACCACGGGCCUCCCUGAACCUGCCGUGGGAGUCAUUGAGUUUGUGCUAAACAGUGCUACUGGCCCCUCAAGCGAAAAUUGCCUUACCAUCAACGUCCAGCGGCCAUCUGGCACAGAGCGUAACGCUAAACUGCCUGUUCUUUUGUGGAUUUAUGGCGGUGGUUUCGAACUUGGUAAUACCCAGUCGUACGACGGGACGGGCAUCAUUUCGAAAAGUGUUGAUAUGGGAGAGCCCGUUUUGUUUGUCGCUUUCAAUUACCGUCUCAACGCCUUUGGCUUCUUGCAUGGCAAAGAGCUUCAGGAGGAGGGCAGCACAAACCUUGGUCUUCGUGAUCAACGUAAAGCCAUUGAAUGGGUUGCCGAGAAUAUCGCGGCUUUCGGUGGUGAUCCAGAUAGAGUUACACUAUGGGGCCAGAGUGCCGGUGCGAUAUCCGUCUUCAACCAGCUUCUCAUUAACAAGGGUAACAACAUAUACAAAGGCAAGCCUCUAUUUCACGGAGCUAUCAUGAACUCUGGCAGCAUCUUCCGAGCCGCUCCCUCGAACUCUACAAAAGCGCAGAGGGUCUUCGAUACUCUCAUCAAAGCAGCUGGUUGUGGUCACAAUGGUUGUGCAUCAAGCCAUACAUACAACCCUAUGGAGUGUCUCCGCAAAAUCAGCCAUAACGAAUUGGUUUCUGCUAUGAACUCGCUGCCCGAUUUCAUGAGCAAUCGCAGCAACGAUCUCGCCUACCUUCCCCGUCCGGAUCCGACUAAUGACUUUUUCUCAGUUUCUCCAGAGGUUGCUGUUGCCCUAGGCCAGUUUGCUAGGGUACCUGUUAUUUUGGGCAACCAGCAGGACGAAGCUGCGCUCUUCUCUCUCUCACAGCGCGAUUUCAUCAAUUCAACUUCCACCCUCGUGGAGUAUAUGCACUCGUGGUUUGUGGGCGCGAGCCAAGAUCUUGUCGCCGAUUUGGUCGCAACUUAUCCAGAUGACCCGGCGGCCGGUUUGCCAGCAGACACCGGAUCUGAGUGGGAGAUGUAUCCCCAGUUCAAGCGCUUAGCAGCUAUACAAAGUGAUCUGACUUUCAUAAUGACGAGACGUGAAGCUCUGUCACAUCUUGCUACAAGGGUGCCUACAUGGAGCUACCUUUCCACAUACCUACACGGAUUUCCCGUCUUUGGCACCUGGCAUAUCUCAGAUAUCCCCACGCAGUUUGAAAACAUCACCCAGUUUGCUGGCAAUGUAACGGAUACCGCCUACAUUAAUUUUGUCAAUCAUCUCAACCCGAAUGGCAAAGGCUACACCUGGUGGCCAGAAUGGGACAACGAAAACUUAAGGAUGAUAAACUUCAGUGCAUCUACUACUGAGGUGAUUAAAGACGACUUCCGCUGGGAAAGUUACGAAUUUUGGAAGAAACACACCACAAAGCUUCGGCAAUGA